CUUCGUCCUCCCUCCUCCUUCUCGCUUCCUGCUUCCAUCUCCUCUCGCACUCUUCUCCUCACAGCCCGUGCAUACGAUCAGUCCUCGUGGAUGCAUCUCCCCAGGAUCUUCAAUCCCCAUCCCCAAUCUCCUCCCCCGCCGAUAACCGCCUGACCCCUCCCCCCCUCCUCCGCUACCCUUUCAGUCUUUCGGAAAUCUUCAAUGCCGGCCUGAAAUGGACCCAGCUCAGUCGGGGGAUGCUGAGCCCCCCAGUCUCCCAGCCCCCACAAAUGAUUCCGGCAACGGGGCUGCCAAACAGCGCUGGAGACGAAAUCGCAUCGCCUGCGAUUCCUGCCACUCCCGUCGCGUGCGCUGCGACCGGGCCUUUCCAUGCUCCCGCUGCCUGCGCAGUGAGAUCCGCUGCGAGUUCACUCGCGAGCGUCGUAAACGAGGCCGCAUUGCGCGAUCCCGCCUGGUGGAGACAAACGGUGCUGCCGAGAAACCAAAGAAACAAGACCCUGUACUAGCACCAGCUGAACCAGCUACCGGUCAAAAUCCCAAUGGCUCCCCAUCGUCGACGUUUCAGCCCCCCUCACCCGCCACAAACGAGGGGACGGUGUCUGCUCCGAGUAUCGACGAGCAACGCUCGCAGGCGGGUGCAACAGUGCCUCCUCGGAGGUCAGACCGGCCGGGGGGAGAUGCGACGGAGGAAUGGUUGUCGGCGACACAUAUUUCCCCCGGUUCCUACGAACCCCUGGCGGGGAUAAGCCUGGGAGAAGGUCCUUUCCCUCGCAUGUUCGACAUCUGGAAUGGAGUGGACCUGGCUGGCUACAGUGAUCCUACUUCGCAAGGGUCGAAGGCUACAGCCCUAGGCCAGACGCCAGCAUCAUCGGUGUCCACGUUGAAAUACCCCGUGCUUCAACCACUCAUGCCGUACCUCGAAACAACACUGCCCCGGAAGCUCGUGUUUGAUCUCCUUGAGUUGUAUUUCACGAGUGCAUUCUCAACCCAUAUGCAUCCCGUCUGUCAUCAUAUACAUUGCUACGUCCUCCGGAAAGCGUCCUUUCUCGGUCGGGAUGCUCCCCGCCCUAGCAGUCCGGCACUUCUAGCCAGUAUGCUGUGGGUGGCCGCGUUGGACGACCGCGCCUUUGCAUUGCCGAUAUCUCCACCUCAGCGAAAGAAGAUCUGCCAGUUCCUCUGUGCGCUCACGCUACGGCUGCUACGGCCUCUGAUACAUGUAUCAUUUAAGGAGCAGGAAGGUAUGACAGCAAGCGACCCAAUAUAUGCAGCCAUGGGUCAGGAGUGUCCACCAACCACAGUGCAUCACCCGUUCGAGGUCGGCGGCGAUGAUCGGGGCCUAGUAGGUCCCGCAGGCUCAUUAGACGAUGUGAUCACAUAUAUUCAUGUUGCUUCAAUUAUCUCCUCAAGUGAGCAAAAGGCCGCCAGCAUGCGAUGGUGGCAUGCAGCUUUUACGCUUGCGCGGGAGCUCAAGCUGAAUCAGGAGAUCGAGGUGAUGCCCAAUGAGGAGAGUCACCCUGAAGGCUCGAGCCCGAAUUUUGAUUACUCGCUUGCGGGAUGGAGUGGCGUUGACACGGGCCCCUUUUUCGAUUACGCGAACCCUGCACGGCCAAGUCUGAAUUGCGUAUGCGACCGCGGCCACGAGCUGCGCAGCACCGUCACGGAGGAGCAUCGCGAGGAGCGCCGUCGGACGUGGUGGCUUCUGUAUAUCAUGGACCGUCACCUUGCGCUCUGCUACAACCGACCCCUGGCGUUACUCGACGCGGAAAGCGAGGACCUCCUCUUGCCGUUGGAUGAAGGGUCGUGGCAGACUGGGAACAUCCACAGCAAUAGCCCCAAGCCGGACGGACCCCAAUGCCCGCUAUCGGGUGAGAAUAACAGGCGUCGCGUGUUCCCCAAUUUCGCCUGUCACGACCAUUCUAUCUUCGGCUUCUUUCUCCCCCUCAUGACCAUCACGGGGGAGUUGAUUGACUUGAACCAGGCACGAAACCACCCAAUGCUUGGAGCGCGUCUUAACGGGAAGGGCGCCUGGGAGAUGCACGUCAGUGAGGUCCUACGGCAGUUGGAGAUCUAUAAAGCGAGUCUCACGACUUUUGCGGCCACUGCGUCUGAUCCGGACGCCCCCCUGUCCAGUGCGUUCCCCCCCAAACCGGAUCAACAGCCUGUCGAGCCCUCCCUUGCCCAGGCGUAUUCGUGGCAUACUCAGACGGUGGUAUCUUACGCGUCCUACCUCGUACAUGUGCUACAUAUUCUGCUGGUUGGCAAGUGGGACCCGGUGUCUUUGAUUGAGGACAAGGACUUUUGGACAUCGUCCCCCGCAUUUGCCUCGACCAUCUCCCACGCGCUGGACGCAGCGGACUCAGUGGAUCAUAUCUUACGGUACGAUCCGGAUGUAAGUUUCAUGCCGUAUUUCUUCGGCAUCCAGCUGCUGCAGGGGAGCUUUCUCCUGCUGCUGAUCGUGGAGCGGCUGCAGAAGGAAGCUGGUGAGGGGAUCCUGAAUGCCUGCGAGGUCAUGAUUCGAGCGACCGAAUCAUGCGUCGUGACGCUUAACACGGAGUACCAGCGGAACUUCCGGCAGGUCAUGCGCAGCGCGGUGGCCCAGGCGCGUGGGCGGCCUGUGAAUCACAGCGAAAUCCGGCAUCGCCGCAAGGCCGUCCUGGCUCUCUACCGGUGGACCCGUAAGGGCACUGGGUUGGCUCUUUAGAUUUAGAGUUUCCCUCAGCGCCCGUGCGACUGACUGGGGAGCUCAUCUGCUGGUUGCUUGUUGCUAGUCUUGCAUCAUCAGAGCUUAAAUCAUCUCCCGCGGGGGCAUUCUAGGCCAUGGACGGUCGGUGCGAUAUGCAGGCACGUUUCUGCCCUAUGUCUCGGCUGAAUAUCAGUUGCUCCCCAUGGCCUAGCGCCAUGUUCCCCAUACCCAUACCCUAUUCUCCAUUGCUUGAAGAAUCCUCCUACCCGGUAGCGUAUAGCUUCUUUUUGGAUUGCAUCCCUCCAUCCCCUCUGUAUAUAUGCAUAUCUACCUCCAUAC